AUGGGGUACUGGAGUCAAGAGAGAUAUACAAAUUGGGUUCCUUACGAUAUACCAUCCCCAUUUCCUUAUAAUCGUGAUCACGGACCCGAUCUUCAACGGGUUUUACAAAAUUUGUACUCGCUUAAAUUGAAAUUAAGAAGUAUCGACGAAGUAAGCUUAAUUCCGAUGGAAACUCGUAAUUACCUUCGCUGGGCAUUUAAAGCCAUAUGUUCAUGUGAACAUAAUAAAACCCUUCCUAACCCAAUGAUUCGUGAAAGCUUAGAUGUCGCAUUUUCAGAUAUUCUCGACAAUAUCAUUCCGCAAAUCGAACUUGGCAACCCCGCGCCAUUUGUUCCAUUUCGAGAGAGCAUGACGGAUUUGUUGUUGGAUCAUAGAGAUAUUGGAACGAUCUGUCAAGAGUUACAGAGCGAUUUAGAAGAAUACAUUCAAUUCACAUAUGAAUUUUCCUACGGAAUGGGAAAAUUGGCGAUGGUCUUAUUGACGCAAUAUCCAAACAGCAAAUAA